AAGGUCUACUACCGGAAAUUCAGAAAACGUUUCAACGAAGUGUUUUCAGCGUACAGACUUCAGAGAGGGGGCUCUAAGUCUGCUAUUACUGGAUCAGGACUAAAAGGACAAGUAGCGUUAACUGCUCCGUAGGUUUACAGCCCGGAACACCAUCAUCCAAGAUGGACUCCUGGGUUCGGUUCAAUACCCAGAGUCAGGCCAAGGAGAGAGUUUUGAGGGCUGCACAGUAUGCUUGCAUGUUGUUGGGCUACACUCUGCAGAAAAGCAGUGUAGCCACUGACCUCCAAAGAACUAUCAGUGAACUGGAAGCACAUAUGAGCCUGACAAGAAAGUUGCUGCGUCUGGGGAACUCUGUGGAGGCUCUGCAGGCGGCCAAGACGACUAUCCACCUUUCUGACAGUGUUCUGAGGCUGUGCCUUACCAUUGGUCAUCUGAACAGAGCCAUGUACUUUGCUUGUGACAAUGUUCUGUGGGCAGGGAAAAUUGGCAUAAUUUCCAAACUUGAUCAACAGAAAUGGAAUCAUAGAUCUUUCAGGUACUACCUAUUUGCUCUGAUUCUCAAUGUCACUCGAGAUGUGUAUGAACUCUACCUGCUCCUGGACUGCGAGGAUUGUUGCAGAAGUACCAAAUCAUCAUUGUCUACUAGUCCCAGCAGUGCCAUCCCUGCUGACCAACUGUCUUCAUCAUCAUCAACUUCUUCCAUUGAAGUCACUGCAACUCCUGCUGUCAUGUGGGUCUGGCUCCGCAAACGCAUGCAUCAAAUAGGAACUGUCCUGUACAACAACCCACCACUCCUGUUGGACCUUCUGAAGAAUGGCUGUGAUAUUUUUAUUCCACUGGAUAAGCUGGGGAUUUAUCAAACUGGCCCAGGGUUUGUUGGGUCUUGUGGGUUGCUCUCAUCAGUCCUCUCUAUUAUCACCAUGCUCCACCCAUGGCUGAAACUCAAGCCAUGAUCCCAGAUAAACCAUAAACAGUCAUCGCAUCAAAUUCUGUGAAAGAAAGGGUGUCCUGCCAUCACUGUUUGUUAUGGUUCCAUCCAACAGUAGGUGGAUUGUCAUUCCAAAAAAAACAUUUCCCUGCUCCACCUGGGGCCAAAUAUAUUAAAAAAGAUACCAACAAAUGCAUGUCACUGCGCACACACAGUAGAAAUGUUUGACAGUUUAAAUGUUCAUUUUUUUAUUGGUUCAUUGGUUUAUUCGUUUUAUUGGAAAAUGUAAUUUUUUUUACUAAAACUCAUAUCAGAAAGAUAAUUAAAAAUAGUUUCCAAACAUACAGAAAUCACAUAGCAGGAGUUUGUUUUUCUGUCUACAGACCAGUAUUAAUCUCACUGGACAAUGUGACUUUCUCUUUAAAAUGUACUGAAAAAGGUGGAUGGCUUUGUUGGAAAUUUAGUUUAGCAUCUGACCCCUGUUGUUGCAAUCUAAAUGUCAGUUUUUCAAAUAAUUUCAGGUACUAAUAUCCAAGAAAUAUGUUAUUUCACACUAGUUUGAUACACCAUGACUUAACUUGUCAAUGUGCAACUAGAGCAUGUUAACAAGAUGCAGUGUCUAUUAUUUCUCUACCUUGUGGUUUUUCUCAGAUGAAAAACCACAAUAAUAUGUGUUAUGUUAUCAUAUAAAGUACCCACCCUCCCCUUAUGUUUUUUUUUUCCAGGGGUUAGUUUGUCAAUAAGGGGGGGAAAAAAAAAUCAGAUUUCAAACUUCAAACUUACAUCCCAGUGUUGGACUCAGGGGAUUCGACCUAAUGACCUCAGUAAAUACUUUACUGUGAUUACAGGUAUUUAUUUGUUCAGACAAUGUUGAAUCUUUGCUUUUUAUUUAGUGUUAGACAUGAGCCAUCUUGGUUGGAAAAUUUCCCAUCCAGACUAUAUCUUUCAGCUAAGGGAACAAAGACGUGGCUCCAGAAGAAACAUGUCAAGGUCAUGGAAUGGAAUGGCCUUGAUGUUUCCUGACCUCAGUCCCAUUGAAAAUCUAUGGAGAGAGCUGAAGCUUCACAUUUACAAACGCAAGCCUAAAAAUAAGAAUUUGGUGAUGGGCCACAAAUACUCCUUAUGAGAAGUAAUUUUCAAAUAAUUAUAUAAGGCACACUUUAUAAAAAAAAACAAAAACUACUGACUGCUGUGCUUUCCAACAAAGGUUUUGCCACCAAAUAUGAUGUUUCACUGGGGGGUCAAAUACUUAUUUCUUUCAAUAGAAUUCAAAUAUAUUUUUUUCUCAUUUUAUGUAAUUUUUUGUUUUUCUUUUGAUACUCUGUGUCACUGUUAAAAUAAAGCUGGCAUAAAAUUCUGAGAUGUUUAAUUUUUUGUGUAAAUUAUUUUAAAAACUGAACAAAAAGUUUGGACAAAUAUGUCAAUAUUUUUAUGCACUUCCUUUAGACUUUAUAGCUUUUGCCUGAACUGAUAUAUUUCUCCCAGAUGAAUCCUAAGUUAGUAUAUGUAACUGGAGCACAAGACAAUGUUACAUUUCUGACAAUGGAAGGUUGACAAUUUGGACGGGAUCAACAACCAGAGAGGAAGAGUGAGGUCGUUGUGGAGGAGUAAAGAGGCAAAAUAGGAAGAGGCAGAGGAGGAGAUGCCAAUUUCCAUCACACCAUCAUAUGGUAGUUUGUAAUGUAAAUGUUUGUCCCAUAACAGGAUGCCGGUGGAGUUCCUAUCACCUUACUCUUCAUUCCUCAACCCCAAUGAGGAAUAUUUUAGAUUUUUUCUCAGCAUGUGGAGAUGGAAAUGCAGUUCUCACAGCACUGCAUGUACAAUUUUUCUUAAAAUCUUAUGUUCCCAUUUUUACUUUGUGCUCUUUUUUCCCUUCUGUCAAUGACAUGAUCCGUCAAUAAAUUACUGAACAAAGUAAAAGUGAA